AAUUUCAUUCGAUUUGCCUUCACAGCCCUAGUCACACUUGAAAGUCCAGACGGACUUACAUCCAAGAAAGCGAGGACUCAGAGCCAAUUGCGAGGCCAGGCGUAAAAAAUGCAUUACUGGGUUCAAGCUUCUUCCUCUGAUUUCAGUGGACCUCUUCCCCAACCUCGCAGUGGUCACAGUGCUGUUGUCGUCGGAAAGUCGAAGGUGGUCGUCUUCGGUGGUCUCAUCGACAAGAAAUUUCUAAGCGACGUCGUUGUUUAUGAUAUGGAGAACAAGCAAUGGUUUCAGCCAGAGUGCAGUGGAAGUGGGUCUGAUGGACAAGUGGGUCCUAGCCCACGAGCCUUUCAUGUUGCUGUCUCAAUUGAUUGCCACAUGUUCAUCUUUGGUGGGCGAUCUGGUAGCAAAAGGAUGGGUGACUUUUGGGUUCUGGAUACUGAUAUAUGGCAAUGGUCAGAGCUAACUAGUUUCGGUGACUUGCCUUCUCCAAGGGAUUUUGCUGCAGCUGCAUCUAUUGGAAACCGGAAAAUCGUUAUGUACGGUGGGUGGGAUGGCAAGAAGUGGUUGUCAGAUGUUUAUGUCUUGGACACAAGUAACAUUGUUAAAUUUCUUUUAUCACUUGAGUGGAUGGAGCUGUCAGUUACUGGAGCAUUGCCUCCACCUAGAUGUGGCCACACAGCAACCAUGGUUGAGAAACGGUUGCUUAUUUAUGGUGGCAGAGGUGGCGGUGGGCCAAUCAUGGGUGAUUUGUGGGCUCUGAAGGGUGUUAUUGAAGAAGAGAUUGAAACUCCUGGAUGGACCCAAUUGAAGCUUCCUGGUCAAGCUCCUUCUCCUCGUUGUGGCCACACUAUAACAUCUGGAGGCCACUAUCUCUUGCUGUUUGGUGGGCAUGGGACAGGUGGUUGGUUGAGUCGUUAUGACAUCUAUUACAAUGACUGCAUUGUUUUAGACAGGGUGUCUGCACAGUGGAAACGGUUACCUACCAGUGGUGAUCCCCCUCUUGCUCGAGCAUACCACACAAUUACAUGUAUUGGUUCACGAUAUCUAUUGUUUGGUGGUUUUGAUGGGAAGUCAACAUUUGGUGAUAUAUGGUGGUUGGUUCCAGAAGGGGACCCUAUUGCAAAGUGGUUGGCUGCAUCUCCUCAAAAAAGUCUUCACGAAAAUAAGCAUUUGAGCAUGGCAAAAGAUGGGGUUCAAUCUGCACUCAAGGAAAGCCAAAGGGAAGAAUAUGCUGUCUCAGAAUUACAAAGGAGGUUAGAAGUUUCAGUUUCACUAUCAAAUUCUGGGCUCCAAAUUGUAGAUGAGUUGGAAGAUGGAGAACUUCUUGAACUUGCAUCAGGAUUUAUGGGAGAUAACAAUGAACAGAAAAUUCAGGCACUUCGUAAUCACUGGAGAAAGUCUAUACCCAGGUCUACACCACUAAAGGAGCUCGGACCGUUGCUUCGUGACUACCAACGACUGAUUACUCGUCGUUUUUUAGCAAAAGGUGGAGCUGAUUUACAUUCCAUGGAGUCUGGUUUUCCUGGGAAAUAUGCUCAUCGGUUUUAUCAUAUUAAAAAUGCUUCUCAGCUACGAAUGGAUGACAUCCCAAGCCUGCUGGCAGAGUACAAGCAGCUGUCAUCUGAUUGAAGAACAAUUUGGGGAUCUCCGUUUUUGGCGAAACACUUGCUAUACAUUACAUCUCAUUCCUAUCUGGCUUAAACUCUCAACUGUUCACAACAUAUCUAUGAACUGAUUGUGAUAUAUGCUUUAUGACUUUUACAUGUGCUAUUCACGUGUACGUUUAUCAAUACUGUAAUGGGAAAUUGUUUUUGAUAGAGAAUACUGUAAUUAUACGUAAUUGCCAGGACUGAAGAAAUAUCUCAUGUGAAAUUCUUAUGUA